AUGUCGGUGAUGAGUGCGGUGCCGUUCAUGAAGCCGGUCCACAUGCGCUCUCCGGUGCCUCAGGGCCGGCGCCACACGCUGCCGGCCAGCGAGUUCCGCUCCCUCAGCCCCGAGGACGCAAUAAGUGUGUUUGAGAUCGAGAGAGAAGCCUUCAUCUCAGUGUCCGGUGAGUGUCCUCUCCACCUGGACGAAGUGCGUCACUUCCUCACCCUGUGUCCUGAGCUGUCUCUUGGCUGGUUCGAGGAGGGACGUCUGGUGGCUUUUAUCAUUGGCUCACUGUGGGACCAGGAGAGGCUUACCAUGGACGCCCUGACCCUCCAUAAGCCUCACGGGACCACCGUCCACAUCCACGUCCUGGCUGUCCACCGGACCUUCCGCCAGCAGGGCAAGGGCUCCAUCCUGAUGUGGCGCUACCUGCAGUACCUCAGGUGCCUGCCCUACGUCCGCCGCGCUGUGCUCAUGUGCGAAGACUUCCUGGUUCCUUUCUACCAGAAGUCGGGUUUCAAGGUGCAGGGCCCCAGUGAGAUCACAGUGGGGCCUCUCACUUUCAUCGAGAUGUUCUAUCCAGUCAGGGGCCACGCCUUCAUGCGCCGCAACAGUGGUUGUUGA